AUGACAGAAAACGAUAGUGAUCAUCUCUCGCAUACCGACUAUUCUUCACUAACGAGGCGAGGUGAACUAGACACGACCAAGGUCCAUUUUGAAAUAGGAUGGCACUUGACCUUGGAGAUGAAAGUCAACAAUAUUGCGCAAUAUAUCGACGCGAGCGCAGUACUUAAUGCUAAUAACCGAGUCCGAGACAUAUUGGAACCUGGUCAUGACCCACAUAGCAUGUUCAAGGAUUUCACAUAUUUGGAAGAUUUCAAAACUGCUAGAUUUAUUAAGGUGUGUUUUGUUAGCGUGUGCGUUGUCAAGGCGUGUUCAAAUAUUCUUUUACUUUCAAUGCGCAUUAUUGUGACAACAAUAUCGACUUGA